AUGGCCUUACCUAACACGCCAUUCUUUCCACAAAACCUGGCCUCUCAAGAAACGCAAACGCAAACUUCGAGACACCUGGAAAAGCUCAACAGGGAUGGAGAAAAGACACAAAUACCCGUUGCCCUGCACUUAACUAAUGGAAGUUUCAUUCAUGGAGGAGCAAAACACCAGGUUGCUAUUGAGCAAUGGUCUAUAGGAGAUGAACCUUUUAACACGGUUAUCCACAUCAAAAUCCUAACAUUGAGGAACAUCGGCAUCCCAGACGUUGCAACUCUCAUGGGUAUCACUAAAAGCGCCAUAGCAGCUUCUCCAGUUGGAGAAUACUUCCAGAUCCUUUGUGGCUCUUUGCACUUGUGUAUCCUAGAAACUGACCCUUUGACGGUGACAUGCUUCUUGCGUUCAGUUCAAGAACAGUUUCCCAGGGUAAAGUGGAUGCAAUUCCAUGACCAAGCAAGAGUCAGACUCACCAAACUAGCUACCAGCAGAAUAUCAAAGACCAUAGGACGUCGACACCUGUACAGCGGAAUCAGGAGCAAUUCCCCUAAACCUUUAUGGUUUCUAUCAGCAAUUAAAUUUUAG